AGACAAUCAAUGGCAGAUUCGCAGUCAGAUUCAAACGCCUUCAGUGUUCGGAUCGUCUCCAUCGAUCACUACAUGGCUCCGCCGACCCAUGGCCUUGAUAUCUCUUACAGUACCUUCCAAGGUGGGAAAGUGAGUGAGGUUCCUGUUAUAAGAAUAUAUGGUUCUACACCAGCUGGUCAGAAGACUUGCUUGCACGUCCAUGGGGUUUUACCCUAUUUAUAUGUGCCUUGUGCGGAUAUAUCGCUUCAACCACACGAGGAAGGUGAUGCAUACACACAUGCUGUAUCUCUUGCUCUUGAGAAAGCUUUGAAGGUAUGCUUGGUUGCAACAGGUUUUGUUCUAACCUCUGUGUUGUUUGUUAAUUGGUGUUUCUGCAAUUUGUCCUUUGCAUUGCUGAUCCUGCAGGCAUCAUAUGUUUUUGCUUUGGUUUGAACUCUUACGGCUUAAAGGUAAUGCUGGUUCAAAGUGACAGCAUGUACAUGGUUACAGCCUUGUACGAGCAAGGAAAUUUUAUGGUUACCAUUCAUCUGAAGAGCUUUUUGUGAAAAUACAUCUGUAUCCAAACAUUAUACCAUUCUAUCAUGGCAUUUUCAUCUUCUGUAUGAUACAGAGAUUCUUUACUUAAAAUGCAUAGUUGUACACUUAAGGUUUUUGUUGUAGACUUUUAAGAGUGAUGUAUAUUAAUACUUAUCUAAAAAAAAAGAGUGAUGUAUAUUAAUCACUGCCCUCCUUUCAAAAAUUGCAACCAAUUGGUUGGUAUUUGCUGUGACUUUUGCAAGUUAGAUUAAGAAAAGUAUUGUUUGUAGAA